AUGUUGGUUCUAGUAUUUGGGUCAGGAAUAUUCCAUGUCAUGUAUUCAUAUAUUAGUACCAAUAUUAACGUAAUGCUUCUUGAUAUUGCUCUGCAUGAAAAUAAGGGGGACCCGGCUAUUACCAUUGGUGAAAUGACACUUAUUAAACGGAUGAAUAAAACUUUAGUUUAUUACUGUGAUUUCAAUAUUUGUAAGAAUAAUCACUUAUUUUGUGAAGAUCUUUACAGAAAACAAACUAAUUUAACCAUGCUCCUUAGAGAUAGGCACUCCUUACAGCUUGCUGAAAAACAUUUUGCAGGACAACCAAAACUUAUCUUGGCACCAGAUAUGGCUUUUCAAAUUGGUCCGGUUCGACGAUUUAUGAAACCAUUUUUUGAUGUUUUAUGGAUUCGAAGAACAGAUAGAGAAAGGGUUGGGGAUGUCAUUCCGACACUGCCGACUGAUAUCACAAUAAGAAUCGGUGAUUGGUUAGGUUGGAGAACACCUCAUACUCAUAAACACAUGGAAAACGCUUAUCUUAUAGCAAAUAAUGGACUGGUAUUCUUACAGAGGGGGAGGGUGGUUAUUACCGAUCGUCUUCAUGGUCAUAUCUUAAGUACUUUAUUGGAUAUUCCCCACGUGAUUCUAAAUAACAAGUGGAAUAAAGUUAGUAAUUAUCAUAAUACUUGGACUAAGAGUCUAAAAAAUACGCGAGUUGCUAAUAAUGCAUCUCAUGCUAUUGAUCUGGCUAGAAAACUUUUAAUAGAAUAUUCUGAUGUUUUACCGGAAAAGGUUCCGUUCAUGGAUGUGAAUGAUGUACUUAAUUAG